AAAAUGUCGAUAUCCGAAGAAACGUGGCCAUGGUAGCAACGUGAUUAGAAGAUUGGAAAAAAUGUUUAUUAUUUUAUAUUUUUUAUGCAAGGAUAUAUUAUUGGAAAUGAAAAUAUAAAAAAUGGAUAUUGAAGUAAUUCAAGGGUUUCUUUGUCAUGGAGAUCCUGCUGCACAAACAAGAGCUUUGCAGUAUUUUGAACAAUUAAAAUCAGCUGAAGAUGGUUGGCAGUUAUGUACAAAAACUCUUGCAACUGGACAACAUGAAAAUCAUGUUAAAUUUUUCUGCUUACAAGUGAUUGAACAUUUUAUCAAAACAAGAUAUGAACAAUCGGAUGCUACUCAACAACAACAAAUUAGAGAAUUCAUCUGUUAUUGGAUUCGAACUCAGCCAGAAUCACAUAAAGGAGAAGAAACAUUUAUUAAAAAUAAAGUUGCUCAACUUGUAUCUAUGGUUUUUUUAAUUGAUUAUCCUCAUCAUUGGCCUUCUUUCUUUGCUGAUCUCUUACAAACACUUUCAUUUGGACCAAGUGCUACUGAUUAUUAUUUGAGGAUUCUUCUUGCCAUUAACAGUGAUGUUGCCGAUCGAGAAAUAGCUAGAACACAAAAAGAUUUGGAAAGGAAUACAUUAAUAAAGGAUACUAUUAGAGAACAUUGCGUUAAUGAUUUGGUAAAUUCUUGGUAUCAUAUUGUGACGUCCUAUCAGAAUUCCCAUCCAGAACUCUCUUGUUUAUGCUUAGAAGUAAUUGGAGGAUAUGUUGCAUGGAUUGAUAUUGGUCUUAUUGCCAAUGACCGUUUUGUAGGAAUUUUAGUUCAUUUUCUUGGUCAUCAAGAUCUUCGUGAAGCUGCCUGUGAUUGCAUUCACGAAAUUAUAAAUAAGGGAAUGGAUCCGGCUGCUAAAACUAAAUUAGUUGAAUCUUUUAUGGCAGUACUGGAUCAAGCUGGAGUAUUAAAUACAGCCGAAGACGAUGACAGUGAAUUUAUGGUGAAAUUAGCAAAAUUAGUAAAUGUUAUGGGAACGUCUGUUCUAACUUCCUGGACAAAAGUUUUAAAAUUGGGAGAUAUGCAAACUACAGAAGUAAUUAAAAAAGCAAUUGAAAAUAAAAUUCCUUUAAUGUUGAAGUUUCUUAACCAUGAAGAUGAAGAUGUAUCACAGUCAGUUUGCGAGUUUGCCAGAGAGUAUCUUCAGUAUUUAAAACAUGAAAUAAAACUGUCUUCUUAUGAUGAUAUGGAAAAAGCUAAUGUAGAGGCAAUGAUAUAUAUUAUUAUAAACAGAUAUAAAUAUGAUGAAACUUACAACUUCGCUCAUCAGGGAGAAGAUGAAGCACUGUUUGACGAAUAUAGAAAAAGUUUAAAAGUUUUAUUUGACAAUAUUGCCCAAUUGGAUAAAGAAAUGGUUUUAACCAAUGUUCGGGAAAUGAUUGUAAAAACCUUGCAGCAGUGGCGGACUGCUCCGUUUCAAGAUGUCGAAGUUGCUAUUACUUUUCUGUAUCUUUUGGGAGAAGCUAUCCCAGUAAGUUCUGUUAUAAAUGNAAAUCAUUUUGUAGGAGAAAGUGAUCGACAGGCUUCCAUGACAGAGAUGUUGCAAUUGUUAGUUACUAGUGGAGUUAGCAGAUACGGCCAUAUUGCCGUUACCUUGCAAUUUUUUGAGACAAUUGUAAGAUACGAGAAAUUUUUUAUUCAGGAACCACAACAUAUUCCAGAUGUAUUAAUUGCAUUUGUUGACGAAAGAGGGCUUCGACACAGCAGUCCAAGAAUUCGGAGUAGGACAUCUUAUCUGUUUUCCAGGUUUAUAAAAUGUUUGAAGUGAAUCUCAUGUUCAAACUUUACCGAAGAAAUCUUAAAACAGUUACAAGAAUUAUUAAUUCUAGCAUCACCUGAAAAUGGUUUGUCAACUUCGCUUCUUUCACAAGAUGAUCAAUUGUUCCUCUACGAAACGUCAGCCAUAUUAAUAGUUUCAAGUCAGUUUGAUUUACAGAAAAAACAACUACUUGUGAAGAGUAUUCUAAGUCCAGUAAUAGGAAAAUUUGAAAUAUUUCUUCAGAAACUUUCUGUAGAAACAGAAAAAGAAAUGCAACGAGUUAUUGCCGAUUGUAUGAGUCACGCUAUUGCCGUAACAAGUCGGACAAGUAAAGCGUUCUCAAAUCAGCAAACUAUGAAAUCUUGUGGUUGUGUUCAAAUAUACUUAGAUGCUCUUCAAGUUUUCUUAAGAUGUUUAGAGCUUCCAUACGAGCAAGCCAUAUUGCAAUCUGCAGUUCGUCAGUAUUUACACAGAAUGGUUGUUUGUUUGGAAGAAGAAAUCUUACCAUUUAUCCCCGGUGCAGCUGAAAAAUUACUAAGAAGUACGGAUAUUCGGAGCAUUCAAGAGUUCAUUCCAUUAAUUAAUCAAAUUAUUAGCAAAUUUAAGAAAGAAAUAGUGCCGUACCUACUUCGGAUCUUUAUGCCCUUGGUGUCUGCCAUAUUUGCAGUUCUUGCCGUCCCGAUAGACGAAAACGACCAGCAGGCGCAGAGAGAGAGGCAGCUGUUGCAACGAAGUUAUUUUCUUUUUAUUGCAGCUGUCGUGACAAAUAACGUCACAGAAGUAAUUGCAUCUCAAGAUAUGCAAAAUUUAGAACAAGUCCUGUUAACAAUAAUUCAAGGUGCUGUUGAUUUUCCUGAUCCGGUCGCCCAAAAAACUUGUUUUAGUAUACUUAAGAAGAUGGUGGAGUUAUGGGGUGGUUCGGACGGUAUCCCCGGUUUUGUUGAUUUCAUCUAUAAAUCAAUUGUCCCUGCCUGUUUUGUAGCUCCUUUGAAAGAUACUUUUGAUCUGACGGAUGCUCAGACAAUUCUGGCUUUGUCAGAAAGUGCUACGUGUCUAAAAACCAUUCUAGAUAAACGAGGGGACGAAUUUGUAAAUUAUCUGCAAAGUCAAUAUCUUCCGACUCUCAGAGUCUCGCCACAACAGAUUCAUGAAUAUUGUCAGGCUUUAAAAUCAGAUACAAAAGUUUUUAAAAAUUAUUUAAAGCUUUUUUUCCAACAAGCAAAAUCAUAGCAAAUUGUAAAUAUAUAAAUAAACAAUAUAUAUAUUAUGAAAUUGUACAGGUUUUAUCUGUAAGAUGACUUGCCUGAAUCGAGCAAACGUUAAUGUGAACCACUGUCGACAUUCCUCUGCGGGAAACAAAAUGUGGUAUUUUGUAAAUACAGAAAUUGAUUUUCUUCGAGCCCAAAUCGCAAGUCUAUGAAAAUCAGGCAACCAAAGAAAGUUUAAGGUUGGCCGGAGAGCUUCCGAUCCGGCGUGCCGCACUUCCAGAAGAGUUUGUUGGAAACACGCUUCUCGCAACUAUAGUGUGUUCCAAUAAAAUUGUCUGACAAAAAAUAUAAUGUGCAAAUAACUAAAUAAAUUGUGCAAAAUGCCUUGAUAACAUACAAGUUGUUGCUGUGUAUAAAAAUUCUGUUGAAAUUUUUUUCCAGGAAAUAAAUUUUGAAAUGAAUAUUUA